CUAUAUAAAUGAAAGAAUCCGCAAUGUGCACUGUUAAUAAAAAAUGGUUUUUGUGACUGUGAUCUUGGUGGUGAUUUCGUCAGUGUGUGUUACCAGCGACAAAUUUCCGUCGCUGCUCACGACAAAUGCAACAUUGGCUAUCGUGGUCGAUAAAGGGUUUAUACCGGAAGACUAUGACACAAUACUGACAGCAAUCGAAAAAUAUAUGAUAUACGCGAAGCGAGAAAUACUUAAACACGGCGGUCUAAAUGUUAUAUAUUACUCUUUGAGGGACAUUAACGUCAAGAGAGAUAUCACUGCUAUGCUUACUCUUGUAUCUUGCGAAGAUACUUGGAAACUUUUCAAUCUGGCUAGAGAAGAAAAUCUUCUUCACAUGGCAAUUUCUGAGCCGGACUGUCCCCGUUUGCCAUUAGGUGAAGCUAUUGUAACUCCCAUGUUAAAAAAUGGCGAAGAAUUGCCACAGUUAGUCCUAGAUCUCCGCACGGUCAAUGCGUAUAGAUGGAAAUCCGUAAUUAUACUAUAUGAUUACACCUUAGAAAGAGAUAUGGUAACCAGGGUUAUAUCAAGCUUUACCAGGGAGUCUUCGGAUAUACAAAUAACUGGAGCCGCAGUUUCAAUAAUUGAGUUGGCCUCAUAUGCAAAAUCUUCUGACAAUAAAAAUAAUAUUCGUAAAAAGCUCUCAGUGAUUAAUAUCGAUUCGGUGGGAACCAACUUUUUAGCAAUUGUAAGUAUAGAUACGGUGCAAAUGGUGAUGAACGCGUCUAAAACACUUGGUCUGACAACUGCGAAAAAUCAGUGGCUUUUCGUUAUCAGCGACACUGAUUGGAAGAACAAUGAUAUUUCUUAUGUAACCGACUGGCUCAGAGAAGGAGACAACAUUGCUUUUGUUUACAAUACGACAAUGUCACAUCCGUCAUGCGUUGGCGGACUUCAAUGUCACGUGGAGGAGUUGCUGCAGAUGUUCACUAAAUCUUUGGAAAAUGCAAUUUUGCAAGAGACGGAAUCGGCCAUUCAGGUUUCAGAUGAAGAAUGGGAGGCUAUUAGGCCAACUAAAUUGGAAAGAAGACUUUUUCUUUUGCAAAACGUUCAAAAACUAAUAUUAGAUGAAGGAAUCUGCGACAAUUGCACCAGGUGGAGAAUUGAGGCAGGAGAGACUUGGGGUAAAGAGUAUGAGAAACGUGUACUACGAGCUGAGGACAAACUCAUUAAAGUCGGAACAUGGCGGCUUAGCGACGGUCCAUCAUUAGAUGAUCAACUAUUUCCGCAUGUAGCGCAUGGAUUCCGUAGGAAAAAUUUGCCUAUGAUAUCUUAUCACAAUCCUCCUUGGCAAAUUUUGAAGUUGAACGAAAACGGAACCGUAACGGAAUUUGGCGGGUUAGUUUUCGACAUCAUAAAAGAAUUGUCGCGCAAUUUAAACUUUACCUACACUGUACAUGCUACUGAAGCAGAAUCUUCAGAAACUUUAGUUAAAGACAAGGACUUUCUGCACCGCGAAAAAUACAACGUACUAGAAAUGACCGAUCUUGUCACGGCCAAUAUUCCCCCUGAAAUACUCAAAAAGGUAACAUCGAAGGAGGUAGCUCUGGGAGCAGGUGGCUUUACAAUUACUGCUGCAUCUGAGAGACUUGUUAAUUUUACUUAUCCAAUCAGUAUACAGACAUACACAUUUUUAGCUUCGCGCCCUCGAAAACUAAGCAGAGCUUUAUUGUUUAUGUACCCUUUUACUCCAACGACGUGGCUGUGUCUGGCAGCUUCCGUAAUGAUUAUGGGGCCUAUACUCUAUUUCAUACAUAAUGCCAGCCCGGUGUAUGACUACAAGGGAAUUCCGAGAGGAAAAGGAUUAUCGUCACCCCAAAACUGUUUAUGGUACAUGUAUGGAGCCCUACUCCAACAAGGCGGGAUGCACCUACCAUACGCCGACAGCGCAAGAUUGAUUGUAGGCACCUGGUGGCUGGUUGUGCUCGUCGUCGCCACAACGUAUUGCGGAAACUUGGUCGCGUUUCUAACAUUUCCAAAAAUUGACAUCCCAAUUACCACGGUGGAUGUGCUGGCCCAAAGGGACACAGUUACCUGGAGCACCGCGAAAGGAAGCUAUUUUUUGAAGUUGGCAAAGGAAUCUCCGUUGCCUAAACUGCGAGAGCUCUACCGUGGAAUGAUGAAGGAUCAAAUCGACUAUGAUAAAAUGUUUUAUGAAGUAGAGCAAGGAAGACACGUGUAUUUCGAUUGGAAAACGAAGCUGAUCUAUUUCAUGAAAAAGCAAUAUCUUGUAACUGACAGAUGCGAUUUAACGUUAGGGAGAGAGGAUUUAUUUGACGAAAAAAUCGCUAUGGUAAUGGCACCAGACACCCCAUAUCUUACUCUUAUAAAUGAUGAAAUUAAGCGAUUACAUCAAGUUGGUCUAAUCGACAAAUGGUAUCAAAAUUACUUACCCAAGAAAGACAAAUGUUUUCAAGUAACACGAGUCACAGAAGUUACAAAUCAUACUGUAAACUUGGAUGACAUGCAAGGAAGUUUCUUUGUGCUGCUAUUAGGAUUCACACUUGCAUCGUUGUGGUUGUUGGGGGAGGUAUUAUACACAACAUAUAAAGCUAAGAAAAAGGAACAGCUUCACCCAUUCGUUUCGUAGAUAGAAACAUACA